CAUUUUGUAUAUAAAUGUGGCGACGUUAACACUGUCGUCUGAAGAUGGUAUAAUGAGAACAGUUUUGUGGGUUAGAGUAUUUGUGAGAUGGAAUUUAAUGGAGGUUUAGUCAGCUUCUUACGGGGUGCCAUGAGAAUGGGUUGAGUAGUAUCAAAUGCAAGCAAUGGAGGAUGCGGACGCGCCGAAAGAACGGUUACCGUCUCCCUUUCUCUCUGUGGAGGCGGUUGAGGUGCCUGGUGAGGCACUACAAAAUGUCUACACAGGUAAUGCAAACAUGCCACCGCUGCCAUUGGGGCAGCGACGCAGUCAAAGUGGGGGUCGAGGUGAAACAGUAUCCUCUGGGUACGUAUGCAGUAAUAGUUUUCAAAGAUGGAAAGCUCAGACGCAGAAGGCUUGGCGAUUACAUGGCAACACUAGGGAAAAGGGGAAAUCGAAUUUCAAUCCUGAGAUCCUCGCAGAACAAAAGCGCCAGUGGUAUCGACUUCACUCCAAAACCUUGAUUCUUUUCAAGUAUCCUCCUGGGAGGAGGCUGGCCAUGCAACCAAAGGAUUUAACUUCUUUCUGUUUCCCUACAGGCAUUAAGGUGUGAU